AUGCCUGCGGAAGAGCAAUGAAAAAGUACUCGAUUAACCGGUCAUUAUGUGGGAGCACUGUACUGUUGACGGGAGUCACUGGUUUCAUCGGUGGUUCGUUACUAGAGAGGAUAUUACGGUUGAAUCCUGGACCUAAUUGUGUUUACGUAUUGGUACGGAAGCGAGAGGGAUUGAGUCCAAGGGCACGGGUUGAUAAAAUUCUGGCGUCACCUUUAUUCGCAACAUUGGAACCAUCGACUCUGCUGAAGGUGAAGGUAAUUCCGUGCGACCUGACAGCUGAGAAUCUCGGAUUAUCCGACAAUGAUCGAGACGUUCUCUUAUCAGAAUGCAGCCACGUAUUCCACUCAGCGGCAUUCAUAUCAUUCGCCGCCAAUCUCGAUUCCGCGGUGCGUAUUAAUUUACUCAGCACACGUCAUCUUCUGGGACUGACGAAGCGAAUGCCGAAACUUCGGUCAAUGGUGCACAUUUCAACUGCGUAUGCAAACUGCACUAGAAACAGUGACGAAGAACUUCAGGAGAGACUUUACCCGUCCACUAUGGAGCCAGCCUCCUUUAUUGACAUGAUCGAAGGCAUGAGCUCGGAAGAAAUAAACAAUAAAACGAACGAAAUACUCGGAGAUCAUCAGAAUACUUACACAUUUACCAAGCAAAUGGCUGAGAAUCUUUUGGCUCUCGAGCGGGAGAAUGUACCCCUCUCCAUCGUGAGACCGAGCAUUGUGUUGAAUAGUUGGAGUCAACCAACUGUCGGUUGGGUGGACAACGUCAAUAGUGGUGCCUGUGGAUUCAUCGCUGGUAUUGGCAAGGGAUUAUUCCGCACAUUCCAGGCAACCCCGAAUACCCUUCUGGACGCCAUCCCCGUGGACAUGGUGGUCUCGACAAUCCUCGCAGCCUCCGCAAGAGCCCAACAAGAACCCCAGAACCUCCACAUUUUCCACUGCACCUCCAACACGAUAAACCCAACGACCUGGGACGAAUACUGCGAGGAGGUUGUGAAGGCCUGUCGAGCCCACCCCUGCGAGAAUGUCCUGUGGUACCCGAAGGCCAGGACCAGGGAGAACCACCUGAGGAACAUUUUAGUCAUCUACAUUUUCCAGAUAUUUCCGGCUUUCAUCAUCGACUGCAUUUUCCGCCUGUCGACCUCUGAGAAAAAACAUUUGGUUUACCAGGUACAACAGAAGUACCUGAAAGGCAACUCCUACACCUCAUUCUUCUCCACCCACAAGUGGAAAUUCGACCGUCGUAACAUCCAGUCCCUCCAGGACGCACUUGCACCCGACGAAAGAGCUGUUCAUCCCAUGGACCCACGACUCAUCAACUGGAGUCAGUACUUCGAAUUAUGUGUCCUCGGUACUCGGAGAUAUUUUCAUAAAGAGCCUGCUGCAACAACAGAUCGCGCACGAAGGCAGAUGAAACGGCUGAAAAUUAUUGCGGAAUUGACGCCGUUUCUCACCUUCGCACUCUGUACAUACAUCAUGUUUACGUUUGGAGCUUCGUGGAUUGUUGCCGCGAUUUUCAGUGCAGCAAUCGUUCUUUUCUUCAUUUGGUUAUAAUUGUUUAGGAAUUAACGACGGCAGUGGCUGUGUGGACGUCAAAAAUUUAACGCUCUAAUUUUUAUUUUAUGGACGACUUCAUGCGAUCUGAUUUUUCCCUCGACCUUCGGUGAAUGCGGAACAGGGGGGGAAUUGUAAGAGAAUUUAGUUUGACUUGGGGUUUAUUUGUAUUUUUUGUGUAUUUUUUUACGAAUAAAAAAUCUUUCUUGCUGGAAAUACUGAAGAUGAAACGUUUUUGCAUUGAGGGGAAAAUGAAGAACUUUGAGGUAUUGAAUGGUUGAAUGAUUCCUUGAGAACUCCACUGGGAGAGGAGUUUGUUUAGGAUAUUGAAUUUUAAGUAAAGGGAAAUAGAAAUAAUUAUUCAUGUGUUAUUCGUGGUUUUUGAUGAUUUUCAACACCUCUGUAAGAGGUUUUUUACACUGAGAAAAGAAUUAUAAUGGAAAUUGAA